AUGCAGACGGGUGGAUAUUUUGCAAAAGGAGAGUUCCGCCUCAAGGAGAGCUACCGCAUCUUUAACACGUGGAUGGGUGAUCCCACGAAGACGAUUAUUCUGAAAGCGACCUGGUUGAAUGAGAUUGCCACAGAGUUUCCCGCAUUGGUGUCGAAUGUACGUGGUCAGGGAACGUAUUUGGCUAUGGACUUCCCGACAGAAGCCGUGCGCAACGAAUUCGUGAGUCUGAUGAAGACGAAAGGUGUCGCCUCGGGAGGCUGCGGAAGCAACUCGGUUCGAUUUCGAUCCUCGCUGGUCUUCCAACCGAAACACGCAGCGGAAUACUUGGACAAGAUGCACGAGGUCUGCAAAGUUCUUGUUACGGCAUAG